CUCCUUGGCCCAUUUGAUGCCUAUCCAUGGCCGACCAAAUGUUAAACAGAGAGAGAGAGAGAGAGCGUGAAAGCUAUUGACAUCUCAUGACUUGGGAAGAAGCUAGGCUUCGUCGCAGAAACCAAUCUACUGCCUUUAGUUCUUCAGCAAUGUCUGGCGAUCCAAACCAUAACCUAAAUCCCCAGCCGCCGCCGCCCAAGAAGAAGAGAAACCUCCCCGGAAAUCCAGAUCCUGACGCGGAGGUAAUCGCUCUAUCACCAGCAACGCUAAUGGCGCCAAACCGCUUCGUCUGCGAGAUCUGCAACAGAGGGUUCCAACGUGAGCAGAACCUUCAGCUCCACCGGCGCGGGCAUAACUUACCUUGGAAGCUCCGGCAGCACCCACUGGGCGGACCGCCGGCCCGAAAACGAGUGUACGUCUGUCCCGAGCCCAGCUGCGUCAACCAUGACCCGGCACGCGCCCUCGGCGACCUCACCGGCAUUAAGAAACACUUCAGCAGAAAGCACGGGGAGAAGAAGUGGAAGUGCGAGCGAUGCGGGAAGCGUUACGCCGUCCAGUCCGAUCACAAGGCCCAUACCAAGACCUGUGGGUCCCGCGAGUACCGCUGCGAUUGCGGCACACUUUUCUCUCGCAAGGAUAGCUUCGUCACCCACCGCGCUUUCUGCGACGCACUUACUCAAGAAACAGCCGCCGUUGUCGGCGGCGGCGGCGGCACCGAAUGUUUGAGCUAUGCAUCGGAUGAGACGCCGAAAGAGGAGGUCUCUCUGCGUCGACAUAACCGGUCGGAGAUGGCGCCGGCUACGGCGGCGGCUUAUAUGUCGGCGACAGCAUUGCUACAGAAGGCGGCAGAGAUGGGGGCGACGGCGAGCGGGGGGGCGUCCUCGGUGUUUUUCACGGGGCUUCUGCGGUCGACGAAGGGGAGUUGGAGCGGCGAGCUGGGGAAGGGGAAGGGGAAGACGAGGGAUUUUUUGGGACUGGGUGGAGAGGGUGGUGGUCGCCGGAGUAUGGAGGAGAUGGCGAGGUUUACUUCCUUGGGUUCGGGAAUGGAGUUUAUGGGCGCUAGUUCGUCCUACAAUGCUGCAGGUUAUAAUUAAUUAAUUGAUUAAUCAAGCUUUAUUCCAAAGUUUGUUUUUUUUAUGCGACUGUGGAGUGAUCUUUUCCGAUUUCUCCAUUUGCGUUAUCUGAUCGGAGGAGAAGGUCGCUGUGUUGUUUGAUUGUCGACAUGGAGAGGAGAUGAAAGCAGGACUUUAUUCAUUCUAAAUUAAACCUCUCAUCUGAGUUAAAAUAGGGGGAGAAGCUCUUUAGGAUUCAUUUGAUGGUGGCUGCAAGCCUGCAACAUAAACGUAGAGUUUAUAAGGAAGAAGUAUAUAUUUUUUGUUUGAAGUUAUUAUGAGUGGCAGAAAAACUAUCUGAAAUGAACCCUUAAAGAGCAACAGAGAUAGGAGUUGAAGAUCUGUGUGUAAAUGCUGUUCGUUUAAAGAAUCUAGCGAUUUUUAAUUUUUAUAGAGAUGUUGAAAAAACCAUCUGAAAUGAACUACUGAAU